AUGUCUAUGCGCAUAAUUGUCUUUGAAAUGAACGCCAUUCGUGCACUAUCGCUGAAACUAGAAACCAUUUCAUUUCGUGCUAUGUGGAUAGCGAAAACCAUGGCCGGUCUAUGUGGGUUCAUUCUUUUUCAUCUCCUGGGUGAGCCCGUGGCAACCGCUCGAGAGAUCGAAGUGGACUCAUCGCUAGAUUAUGAUGGGCUUAGAAACCUAAUCGCUGCGCAUUUUGCGAUAGUUGACCCCAAUGGCAUUGGCUUUCAGUCUGAAGACGCCGUCUUCACCAGUGUGGCUGAGAUCGUCGCUUCUGAAACCCCAAUUAGUAUCGCCAUUGAUGGGAAACCGGUGAGAGAGGUCCCGGGGCCAAAGGGGCUUCCGAUAAUUGGAAAUUUCUUUGAAAUCUAUCCCGAUCACUUGGGCAACCACCAGCGCUUGUUUGAGCAGUACGGGCCUCUCUUCAAGACUACUAAUUACGGUCGCACGGUAUACCACACGAACGACCCAGAGCUCAGUGCGAUUGUUUUCUCGGAAAGUGAUUUCUUCACUAAGAAAAUCAACGAAUCCCAUCCGCUUCAUGCAAUCAAAAACAAGGAAGCGGGUGUGUUCCUCGGCGACACCGACACACCUGAAUGGAGAACUGCCCAUAAAUUUCUCCCUCCCGCAUUCGGACCAAAGGCUGUCCGUCAUUAUGCGCCGGUCAUGCAGCAGACGGUAGAGGAUGCCUUCAAAGUGUUUGAUGCUUUUGAUGAGCAAGGCGAAGCGUGGAAUGUCUAUCAAUACAUGUUGAAGCUUGGCUCUCAGGCGGUUGGAAAGCUAGUCUUGGGCAUUGACUUCCAACACUUCUCCAACAUGAAUGCACCCCCGCAUGAAUUGAUCCUUCUGAUUGCCGAGUCCCUUGAAUUGAACAAGAAGAUCACUGCCAGAGGUGACUGGUACGCCAAGCUGCCCUUCGGAGACCCUAAACGCCUUCAACAAAUCCGUGGUCAGGUCUGGAACAUUGUCGACGAGUCCAUCCAGAACGCUAGUCGUGGUGGUGUUGAGGAUCUCCCACUUCAGGAUGCCGCCCUAAAAGCCCAUAACAUGAUUGACUACGCUAUCCGGGCGACGGAUAACAAAGGCGAAAAGUUGCCCAAAACGAGCUUAAUCCAAGCAUUGGUUGUCGCAACUGGAGCUGGCUUCACCACCACCAGCUCGCUGCUGUCAUGGUUGAUUUACAGUCUCGUCAACUACCCUGGUGUGCAGGAUAGGCUUUUGCAAGAGCUCGUGGAUAACGGCAUCGACGCUGAUACGCAAAUCACCGCCGACCUGACCGACCGUUUGACAUUCAUGGACAAGUUUAUUAAAGAAACCCAGCGCCGACACAACCCGUCCUACCAACCCGCGCGUACAGCCAAGGUGGACAUGAUUCUGCCUGGUGGCUACAAACUGCCUGAAGACUCGGUCGUCAUCGGCGCACUUCAUCACCUUCAUAACAAUCCCGACGUCUGGGACAACCCGACGCGUUUCAACCCAGACCGAUGGGAUACUGAAGAGGUCAAGAACCGACACAAAUCGUCCUACAUUCCCUUUGCGGCCGGUCCUCGGAUGUGCAUCGGCUUCAACUUUGCUCUUCAAGAAGUUAAGGUGUUCUUGCCGAAACUGGUAUACCGGUACAAGUUCACCAAGGAGACUGACGGCCCGAUUGAGUACGAUCCUAUGUUCCAGCUGAUCAGGCCGAAUAACCUGUAUGUACGGGCUGAACGGCGCGUCAAGUGGCCGCCGAAGACGGAGACUCCUAUGACGGCGUCGCUUUGA